GUUGGCAAACCUUUUGUCGCCUACACAUAAGGGCGAGUGAUUCACUUCACUCACUUGACCCCGAGAUUCUCUUCAAAAUGGCGGUUACGCUUGCAAUCAUUGUGUCGUGAAUUUUUCAGUGUUCGUUGUUUGCAGUUUAACCAGUGAUAAUUCAUCGACAAGUGAUAGACAACGGAGUUCCACCAGCGUUGGAUCAUUUGUGAGGAUAAAUAAAGGACGGUAAUUAAAUAAUAGUGUCUGGCAAAAAAAAAAGUUCUGUCGACUUGGUACGGUCCGACAUUUUAUAAAAGGUAGGGGAGAGAGAGAGAGAGAGAAUUACUGGUGUGAUUACAUACGCCAGGCGAUGUCGGAGAGUGAAGCUGUUGCAUCUCAGAAGCAUCAGCAUUUUAUUCAGCAGAUUGUUCAAAAUCAGAUGGCCAACAUGACGUGGCAGUAUCCAGGGAAUGUUCCCCUGUACCAGACAUUUCCAAAUCAAAUGUAUGGUCAGGGAUACAAUCCUCAAGGCCAGAUGUACUACUACAACCAGGGAAUGAUGCCAGGAUAUGGACAGCCUUUUAAUCCGAUGCAGCUACCACAGACAAAUCAAAAUAAUCAGAAUAAUCAAGCCAAUCAGGCAAAACCAUCUCCACAGCAGCAGCAGCAGCAGCAACAACAACAACAGCAACAACCAAGUAUUCCAGGCCAACCAAUGGUCCUCGAUGAAGACGCUGAAUUACCCCCACUACCACCAGGACCACCACCACCCACUCAACCACCUCCUCAACAUAAUAAUCCAUCGAAUCAAAAUCAAUUGCAGAAUCAUCCCAUGUUCAUGUACAAUUCCUUUCCCUACAAUGGUUGGAAUGGUUCACAGACUGACGUAAAUCAAUUUAAUAAUCCUCAAAUUCGCUUUAACCUUCCUAAUAAAAAAUCCGGGCUUGGUUUCAUUCCAUCAGGAAAUAGCGGUGCAGCAAAGAAGAAGAGAAAAAAAAAUAAAAAUUUGGCACAACAGCAACAGCAGGGACAAUUUACUCCAACAUUUCAGCCCACCAAUCAACCCCAGAAUUUUAAACAACAAGCCGAGGUUAAACCUGAAUUGCCACCAUUGCCACCAGUGAAAAACGAGAGCCCAGUAGUCCCUUCAGUUCCCACACUAACGAAAACAAUUCCUGAGAUCCCAAGCCAGGUGAAAACCCCAGCCCCAGUGGUACAAUCACCCCCAGUUGUUAAUCGUAAAGAAUCAACGGUAGGUAAUACAACAAAUCCAGUGGGUGAUUGGCCAGAUUGCCUGAAGAAUUACGUUAAUCGUUGCUAUGAGAAAUGCAAGACAGCUGUGGAUAAGGAUCAGGUUGAGAUAAUAUUGAAGGGUAAAAUAACACGUUCGGCGAAUGAUGGGUCAUUGUGGAUUAAGAAUUGGGACAAGGAGCCAUUGCCCAGUAUUCACAGUGAACGAAUGACAAUGACCAUUAAACCACAGCAGACUGUGUUGAAACAGAGUCCACUUGUGGUACAGGGAGGCAUGCGCAAAUCUGGCCUGUCAACGUCACUUGGGGCUAGAUUGGGCGCUCGUCUCUCUGGCAUUAGUCGGAGAAUAGGGUCCAGAUCCAGAUCCAGAUCUCGAUCGAGGUCUCACAGUCCACCGGCCAGAAAAUACAGGAGGAGCACGUCGUCUUCAUCGUCGAGUAGUGGAUAUGAGUACAAGAGUAAGAGUAAGAAGACAACGAGAAGUAGCAGUAAACCUAAUACGAGGGAUAACAAAAAGAGUAAAAAGGGAAAACAGGGAAAAUCACAUUUCUAUUCGGAGUUCGGGGUGGGGGGCGAGGAGUUAGGGAGUAAGGAGAAACUGCAGCAGAGGGCUGCUAGAUUUCAUGAUAGUAUUAACAGGAGUUCGUCUAGGGAGGAGGCCAAUGACUUUGAUUUCACAGGAUUGCAUAUAGUGGGGACUUGCAAAGAUAUUGAGAAACCCUAUCUUCGUCUUACCUCGGCCCCAGCGGCAUCUGCCGUACGACCGGUAAGUGUUCUCCAAAACUCGCUGGUGCACGUCAAAGCCAAGUGGCUUGCCGGCCAGGACUACAGAUACGCGUGUGAUCAGUUGAAAUCGAUUCGUCAAGACUUGACAGUGCAGGGUAUUAGGGAUUCAUUUACGGUACACGUUUAUGAAACACAUGCGCGGGUUGCACUGGAGAAAGGGGAUCACGAGGAGUUUAAUCAAUGUCAGACACAAUUGAGAAUGCUUUAUCAGGAUCUCGAGGGGGAAAAUCGGUGUGAGUUUGUAGCUUAUCGCAUUCUCUACUACAUCUUCACCAAGAACACCCAAGAUCUCACCACGAUAAUGGCAGACUUGACUCCUCAUGAUAAAUCCCACGAGUGCAUAAAGCACGCGUUGUGCGUUCGGUCUGCCUGGUGGUUGGGUAAUUAUCACGUAUUCUUCAAGCUGUACAAAGAGGCACCAUGUAUGGCUGGUUUCCUCAUGGACUGGUUCAUAGCAAGAGAGCGAAAGCUCGCUUUGAAGACCAUGAUUAAGUCCUAUCGACAAAAUUUGGCAGUUGAUUUCAUCGUUGCGGAAUUGGCCUUUGAAUCAUUGGACAAGUUUUAUGAAUUUGUGACAGAUUUUGGAUUAAUUUAUGCCGAUAAUGAGCGUCAGCUUCUCGAUUGCAAGGCAAGCACUGGCUCUAUUGGUGCUUGGUGAAAAAUAAUCACCAAUUACUCGAAAAUGUUCUUUUUAAUCCUUAAUCGUCCACAAAGCACAAAAAAAAUAUUACAGAAAUUAACCUCGGGCUGUACAUAAAACAACUGUACAUACGUGUUUUAUUUGUUAUAUAUGUAUUCGUUAUUGCAUACAUAUGUAUCUAUACAUGACAUCGCAUUUUCAUCCCAUCGAGAAGGUCGAGCUGCCCCGUCACCAUUUUCCAGGAGUUCCUUGUUUAAUCAACGUCUGAUUAACGAAGGAUUAUUAUUAGGACGAUGAUUGGGCUGAAGGAGAAAUAGUUACGGUUGGGAAUCGGUUUUUGGUACACCAGGGCCUGGACCAGAAAUACCCUGGAUAUGAGGAUUGGACUAGGUCCAGGUGAUUCAAGACUAUCACAAGAAGGACGGAGGGGACCUGGAUUUCUCCAGAGGACAUUUAUCACUGGAAACCAGACAAAUCAGUGGGAUCUCUAUUAAUAAUUUUUUAAAAUUUUAUCUGGAGUUUCAAACACCCCAAGGAACUCCAGAGGCGAGAGGACACUUCGAGGUGAAGCCACAAUUGCGAUUAAUCAUGGAUUGAGUUGAGUUACACCUGUACCUGCGAUCGGAGUUCGUAAUGUGCAUAAAUAAAGGCGAUUUUCAUUCGUUCAUUAA